UUUCUUCUGCACUUCUACUUCGGCUUCCAAUGCCUCACACUGCCGCAUCUGAACGGAACAUUGACACUUGCUGGCACUCUCCAUCGUCGACGCCAUGAGCGCCCCGUGCUUCUCCAUGCACUCCGUCAUCGCCUCGAAGGUCUGCUGCCGCAUGCUCUUCCUCUUCCCAAAACCACGUGGGCUACCCGUCAUCGUGUCCACCGAACCUCGCGUCGACCCCUCAUCGUCAUCGUCUUGCCCCGCAACGCCGUCGCCAUCACCAACCGAUUCAGGAUCCGCGGUCGGCGUAGACGGCAGACGCACACCGCCAGAAGCACCAGUGCCUGCCACGUUCUUCGGGUUGAUGGUAUGGUUCAUCCCGGUGGACCCCUCAAUCUUGUCGUACACAGCGCCCCCCGCCGUAGUGGCAUCCCGGUGGACCCCUCAAUCUUGUCGUACACGUCGUCUCCGGGUGGGUGACCAGGCGAAGGAAACGGACGAACCACAUGCGGAGCCCUCUUCCGAAGACGACGAAGACGUUAACGACGGAAAAGUCGGGGAAGGGGAGGGCGGUUACGUCUCGCCGUUCAGGCAGAGCGACAUGGUUGGGAAGGGCGGGAAGUCGAAGCCAUCGAACCGCAAAGGUCGUCCAUGGGUGAAGAAAGGAAAGGGAAAGGCGAGCGACGACGAUGGUGAUGACGACGCGGAGGAGAAGCGUAACUUCUGGUCCGUCGAACACAUUAUAGCCCUCAUAAGGGCUAAACGCGACCAAGAUGCGCACAUGCAGGGGAUGGGGCAUGCCUACGCCCGGACGAAGCCGAGGGAAUGGAAAUGGCAAGACGUCGCUCAGAGGUUGAAGAAUGUUGGUGUCCACAGGAAGGCAGAGAAAUGCGGGAAGAAUUGGGACAACUUGAUGCAGCAGUUCAAGAAAGUCUAUCACUUUCAAUCCCCGUCCGGGGGACAGGACUUCUUCCAGUUGACUGGUAAGGAGAGGGCGAACAAGGGCUUCGAUUUCAAUAUGGAUCGCGCUGUGUACGACAAGAUUGAGGGGUCCACCGGGAUGAACCAUACCAUCAACCCGAAGAACGUGGCAGGCACUGGAAGCAGGCUCCACGCCCCGCCUGAUGGUUUCCUCUCGACCCGCACGAAGCUCGCGUCGCUGUUCCGCCCACACCUCCCUCCCGUCGCGAUCCUCACCAACGUCAUACAAGUUUGUCCCGCCGUCGACGCUACCGCCACGGCGGCUUGCCACGGUGGACGCCGCAGACAGACGAGACGGCGACUGCAUCCACUUGGGGCGAUCCUGGGCGCCCGUGGACGGAGAGGGCGGUCGUGCCUGCUGCGCCGAGUUGGGAUUCGCACCACUCGAAUGACGGGCGCCUCUCGUCUUCAACGAGCGGUCGACAGCCGUGACCUGCCCACCGUCAUCGUCGGGGUGGGGGUUGACGAUGACUGUGCGCGAUUGAGUUGCCAUCCUCCCGGUGGACAGACCGAACGAAAGGUUGACGUCGCCAUCUCCUUCGUAGCCGCUCAGUGAAGGACUGCUCAUACACGCUGCCACCGGUCCCAAGGAGCUCCGUCGUCGCCCAAUCCUGUGUCGAUCCGCUACCCAACGAGAUG